GGUUAUCACGGCUCACGUUUCACAUUGAAAACUCAUUUCGGUGAUGAAAUGGCGAAGUGGAAUCCCCGUUCUGAUGGACUUCUCUAAAAAUGGACAGCGAGGGCCAAGCUUGUUUCUAUUCCGGGAGGCAGAGCUGACGAGACCCAACAGAUGCAGCCACUGGAAUGCGACAGAGACAGGGGGCAGGCACAGCUGACUCUCACCAUUAGCCAGGAGUCCUGUGGGAUCCCACUCCGGGGCACGAAAGCGGCAGCGACGCUUCGGCACACGGGCACGCCCAGGGUCUCACACUCGAAGUGACCCCUCUCCUGGAGGCUUUCUCCAGAGGCAGGCUUGAGAACAGGAAUGAUUUUUCUUUCAAGUCAACGCUUUUGCAUGGACUGGCCCAAUGACAGGGAGCUCUUGACUGCGACAGCGGUGUGGCUAACAUGGCACCCAAAAAGAAGGCUAUCAAAAAGAACAAAGCGGAGAUCAAUGAGAUGACUAUCAUCGUAGAAGACAGCCCCCUAAGCAAGUUGAAUGCUCUAAAUGGGCUCCUAGAGGGAGGCAACAGCCUUAGCUGUGUUUCUUCUGAACUAACAGACACUUCCUACGGCCCCAACCUCCUGGAAGGCUUAAGUAAAAUGCGGCAAGAGAGCUUCCUCUGUGACUUAGUCAUUGGUACCAAAACCAAAUCCUUUGAUGUUCAUAAAUCGGUGAUGGCUUCAUGCAGUGAAUACUUUUACAACAUCCUGAAGAAGGAUCCAUCAACGAAGAGGGUAGACCUCAAUGACAUCGCCCCUUUAGGCCUAGCCACAGUGAUUGCAUAUGCGUACACGGGAAAGCUGACCCUCUCUCUAUACACAAUAGGGAGCAUCAUUUCUGCUGCUGUGUACCUUCAGAUCCACACCCUCGUAAAGAUGUGCAGUGAUUUUCUGAUACGAGAGAUCAGCGUUGAGAACUGCAUGUAUGUUGUUAACAUCGCUGAAACAUAUUGCCUGAAAAACGCAAAAGCAACAGCCCAGAAAUUUAUCCGGGAUAAUUUCAUUGAAUUUGCGGAAUCAGAACAAUUUAUGAAGCUUACGUUUGAACAGAUUAAUGAGCUUCUCAUAGACGAUGACUUACAAUUGCCUUCUGAGCUGGUGGCGUUCCAGAUUGCAAUGAAAUGGCUAGAAUUUGACCCAAAGAGAGUGAAACAUGCAGCAGACCUUUUAAGUAACAUUCGAUUUGGUACCAUUUCUGCACAAGACCUGGUCAAUUAUGUUCAGACUGUCCCAAGAAUGAUGCAAGAUGCUGAUUGUCAUAAACUGCUUGUGGACGCCAUGAACUAUCACUUGCUACCUUAUCAUCAAAACACGUUGCAAUCUAGGCGAACAAGAAUUAGAGGUGGCUGCCGAGUUCUCAUCACUGUUGGGGGACGCCCUGGCCUGACUGAGAAGUCCCUCAGUCGAGACAUUUUGUAUAGAGACCCUGAAAAUGGAUGGAGCAAACUUACGGAAAUGCCAGCCAAGAGUUUUAACCAGUGUGUGGCUGUGAUGGACGGAUUCCUUUAUGUAGCUGGCGGUGAGGACCAGAAUGACGCAAGAAACCAAGCGAAGCACGCGGUCAGCAAUUUCUGCAGGUACGAUCCUCGCUUCAACACCUGGAUCCACCUGGGCAGCAUGAACCAGAAACGCACGCACUUCAGCCUGAGCGUCUUCAACGGGCUCCUGUACGCGGUGGGUGGCCGCAACGCGGAGGGCAGCCUGGCUUCGCUGGAGUGCUACGUGCCCUCCACCAACCAGUGGCAGCCCAAGGCGCCGCUCGAGGUGGCACGCUGCUGCCACGCCAGCGCCGUGGCCGACGGCCGCGUGAUCGUGACGGGCGGCUACAUCGGCAGCGCGUACUCGCGCUCCGUGUGCGCCUACGACCCCGCGCACGACGCGUGGCAGGAGCUGCCCGAGCUGAGCACGCCGCGAGGCUGGCACUGCGCGGUGGCGUUGGGCGACCGGGUGUACGUGAUGGGGGGCAGCCAGCUGGGGCCGCGCGGGGAGCGCGUGGACGUGCUCACGGUGGAGAGCUUCAGCCCCGCAGCGCGCCAGUGGAGCUUCGUGGCGCCGCUGCCCGUGGGGGUGAGCACGGCGGGGGUCUCGGCGCUGCACGGCCGCGCGUACCUGCUGGGCGGCUGGAACGAGGGCGAGAAGAAGUACAAGAAAUGCAUCCAGUGCUUCAACCCUGAGCUCAACGAGUGGACAGAGGACGACGAGCUGCCCGAGGCCACCGUGGGCGUGUCGUGCUGCACACUGGCCAUGCCCAACAGCGUGUCCCGCGAGUCACGGGCCAGCUCGGUGUCCUCCGUGCCGGUCAGUAUCUGAACGCAUAGCUUCCCAGAGGCUCAUGGUCAAACUGUGAGUGGGCCACAAGGAAAAUACACACCACUUACUACAGUGAUGGUGAUUCAAAUUGAUCUAGAGGAAUGUCUGGGCGGCUCUAAAUUCUUAGUUUGGCAUCAUCUACCUCAGUCUUUCCCCACCUCCCAACAAAAUAGAGGGCUGUAGGCAACAGAGGAAGCAAUUUCGACCUGCAGCCACUGGGUGGCAAACGGAGUUUGUUGCAGGCACUCUUCCAAGGAGCAUGCUUCCUGAAUUCAUAGCUGAGAUUUUCUUUCCUACACGGGAAACUUACGUGACUAUGCAAUUCCCUAUUCAAAGGUGUAUUUUCCUCUCAGGUCCUUUUGGGGGAAUGGAAAAUACUCCUUUCAGUUUUUCAAAAUUGUCUAUAUCUAUAAACACUUAAUUUUAUAUUUCAACAUAAAAAUGUCUGUCUCCUUA